AUCUUUCGGAGGUGGGAGCUUAAUGACUCUUAGGAAGAGAGGUGUGAACAACAACCCUUGGAGUGAGUAGAGAAUGGAGGAGGAAGAAGAGAGUGCACCGGCGGCAAUGGUGAAGUUGGGUUCAUACGGUGGUUCGGUCAUGUUGGUUGUUCCCGGGGAGGAAUCAGCUGCUGAAGAGACCAUGCUUCUUUGGGGUAUUCUUCAGCCUACUCUUUCCAAACCUAAUGCUUUUGUUGCUCAAUCUUCCUUGCAGCUCUGCCUCGACUCCUGCGGUCACUCUCUCUCCAUUCUUCAAUCACCUUCUUCCUUGGGCACACCUGGAGUAACUGGAUCAGUGAUGUGGGACAGUGGAGUUAUGCUGGGCAAGUUUCUAGAACAUUCUGUUGACUCUGGAUUGCUUGUUCUUCAAGGCAAGAAGAUUGUUGAAUUGGGAUCUGGUUGCGGUUUGGUUGGUUGUAUUGCAGCUCUUUUGGGUGGUGAAGUCGUUCUUACUGAUCUGCCUGAUAGACUGAGGCUACUCAGAAAGAACAUUGAAACCAAUAUGAAACAUAUCUCUCUGCGCGGUUCUAUAACAGCAACUGAACUCACAUGGGGAGAUGAUCCUGAUCCAGAACUCAUAGUUCCCACACCUGAUUACAUACUAGGAUCUGACGUGGUGUACAGUGAAGGUGCUGUUGUGGAUCUGCUAGAAACACUUGCUCAGCUCUCGGGACCUAACACAACAAUAUUUUUGGCCGGGGAACUUAGAAAUGAUGCAAUUCUUGAGUACUUCUUAGAAGCUGCAAUGAACGAUUUCACGAUCGGUCGAGUGGAUCAAACUCUAUGGCAUCCUGAUUAUCGCAGCAAUCGCGUUGUUCUAUAUGUUCUAGUUAAGAAAUGAUUAAGAGUAAUUUUGUUUAAUGCUAGAAAUAUAGCAUUUUAUUCUUUCUUCCAAGUUAUUUUUAUAAAAUUUCUAUUUAGUGAAUAGCAUACAAAAGUUUGUGAUGUGAAAUUUGAAUGGGAUUGGAUUAGACACUUUGGUUAGUCUUCCAAAUUGUCAAAUAAAGAUUCCAAGCUCUCGAAGUGUUGUUAUUA